ACGAGCUGGGUCCUGAAGGUGGGUGUGGGGCAGGUUGCCGUCAUCCGCGCACUGACAAAUCCCGAGGGGCCUGGAUUACAUCAUUCGUCAGAUUACUUGCAGUAAUCCACACCUCCCGCGAUCUCUGCGAAAGCCCAUAAUAGCCUCAACUUCCGCCAGCUUGCAUGUCCCCCACUUCCUUCCCUAUGAACUCCAGAUUCCUAGUCAACUCCGCCCUCAGGACCCUUCGAGGAACUCCAUUGACUGCUACGCCAGUCGCUACGAGACGUUUCACCACCAGCUCGCCCAAAAUGACCGUCCACAACAUCGAGACCGUCGACCAGUUCAAGGAGACGAUCGCUAAGCACCCGGUCGUCCUCCUCGACGCCUUCGCCACAUGGUGCGGUCCUUGCAAGGCGAUUGCGCCCCAAAUUGCCAAGUGGUCGGAGGACCCCGAGUUCAGCGACAGCAUCUACUUCGCCAAGUUCGACGUCGAUCAACUCCCCGACCUCGCCCAGGAGCUCGGCAUUCGGGCCAUGCCCACCUUUCUCGUCUUCAAGGACGGCGAAAAGGCAGAUAGCUUCACGGGCGCCGUUCCCCCGCAAUUGCUCAACCUGAUCAAGAAGCACAACCCGAAGUCCUCUGAGGCUGCCGACAAGACCGAGCCCCCGAAGGCCGAGUAGGCCAUUAGGCAGAAGAAGCUUGAAGGAUUGUAGGACACUCGGCGGGCGCUUUUCCGUGAGGUAACAGCUGGGUUGUGUCGCGCGCGGUCUCCAGUCACGGACGCUCUCUCGUG